GAGGGGAGGGGGGGGGGGCUGACCGACCGACCGACCCUUUUUUGUUCCACUGGAGAAUCGUUCUUGAACGGUGAGCAGGAGCAUAACAGACCGAUAAGAAAGCAUAGCGCCUCGGUAAAUCGUAUCAGGCCAGGCAAAGAGAGGAAAGAAACCCGAUGCAAGGUAUCGCACAAAAGCCGUUCAGACAGCGAUUCUCGGGUCAUCACAGGCAGCUUUUGUCKUUACAACUCUGCGUGUCUGGGGUACUGGAAGGGGUGGGGGUUUAGCGAGUACGGAGAAGACUACACACCGAGAGGAGGGGGCUGGAAGUCUGCAACUCUACCAGCCUGAAAGGGCUGGCGCUGUGGCCAUAGAACCCUGGACUGUCUAGUGCCCGCKCGGUUACGUGGAUGGGAUGGAGCCGGGACCGUCUGGCGCUGUGCCCAYGGGGCCCUUCCCCCCACCUCUGCAGCAGGUGUUCCAGGCACCCCGCCGGCCUGGCAUGGGCACUGUGGGCAAGCCCAUCAAGCUGCUGGCCAACUACUUUGAGGUGGAGAUCCCCAAGAUGGACGUGUUCCACUACGAGGUGGACAUCAAGCCUGACAAGUGCCCCCGACGGGUCAACAGGGAAGUGGUGGAAUACAUGGUGCAGCACUUCAAGCCCCAGCUCUUUGGCGACAGGAAGCCGGUGUACGACGGCAAGAAGAAUAUCUAUACGGUGCUAGCGCUUCCUAUCGGAAGUGAGAAGGUGGACUUUGAGGUGACUAUCCCCGGGGAGGGGAAGGAUCGUAUCUUCAAGGUGUCUAUCCGCUUCCUGGCCACGGUGUCAUGGCGUCUGCUCCAGGAGACACUGGUCAGCGGGCGCCUGCAGGUCCCCCUGGACUCUGUCCAAGCCCUGGAUGUGGCCAUGCGCCACCUAGCCUCCAUGAGGUACACUCCAGUGGGACGAUCAUUCUUCUCCCCACCUGAAGGAUACUACCAUCCCCUGGGAGGGGGGAGAGAGGUGUGGUUUGGUUUCCAUCAGUCUGUACGCCCCGCCAUGUGGAAAAUGAUGCUCAAUAUUGAUGUGUCUGCCACGGCCUUCUACAAAGCCCAGCCGGUGAUCGAGUUCAUGUGUGAAGUCCUGGACAUCCGCAACAUAGACGAGCAGCCCAAGACCCUGACCGACUCGCAGAGGGUCCGCUUCACCAAGGAGAUCAAAGGUGGGCCGUUGAACAGUGAUCGGUGGGCGUUACCAGGUCUGAAGGUGGAGGUGACCCACUGCGGUCAGAUGAAGAGGAAGUACCGCGUCUGCAACGUCACGCGACGCCCCGCCAGCCACCAGACGUUUCCCCUGCAGCUUGAGAGCGGACAGACAGUAGAAUGUACGGUGGCCCAGUACUUCAAGCAGAAGUACAAUCUGCAGCUCAAAUAUCCCCACCUGCCCUGCCUCCAGGUUGGUCAGGAGCAGAAGCACACCUACCUGCCCCUGGAGGUGUGUAACAUAGUAGCAGGGCAGCGCUGCAUCAAGAAACUGACAGAUAAUCAGACGUCCACUAUGAUCAAAGCCACCGCUCGCUCUGCACCUGACAGACAGGAGGAGAUCAGCCGGCUGAUGAAAAAUGCCAACUUUAACCUGGACCCGUACAUCCAGGAGUUUGGGAUCAAGGUGAAGGAUGAGAUGGCGGAGGUGACGGGAAGGGUGCUGCCUGCCCCYAUCCUACAGUAUGGAGGACGGCUUUUGUCUCCCACCUGUUCCACCUCACAGAACCGGGCCAUCGCCACGCCCAACCAGGGGGUGUGGGACAUGAGGGGAAAGCAGUUCUACAACGGCAUUGAGAUCAAGGUGUGGGCCAUCGCCUGCUUCGCCCCCCAGAAACAGUGUCGGGAGGAGGUGCUCAAGAACUUCACAGACCAGCUGCGUAAGAUCUCCAAGGAUGCUGGGAUGCCCAUCCAGGGCCAGCCGUGUUUCUGUAAAUACGCCCAGGGAGCCGACAGUGUGGAGCCCAUGUUCAGGCACCUGAAGAACACCUACUCUGGACUGCAGCUCAUCAUCGUCAUCCUGCCCGGAAAGACUCCCGUCUACGCGGAGGUGAAGAGAGUGGGAGAUACUCUCCUAGGAAUGGCCACUCAGUGUGUCCAGGUGAAGAACGUGGUGAAGACGUCCCCCCAGACCCUCUCCAACCUCUGCCUCAAGAUCAAUGUCAAGCUGGGGGGAAUCAACAAUAUCCUGGUGCCUCACCAACGGUCAGCAGUCUUCCAGGAGCCUGUCAUCUUCCUGGGGGCCGAUGUAACACACCCCCCUGCUGGAGAUGGGAAGAAGCCCUCCAUUACCGCUGUGGUAGGCAGUAUGGACGCCCACCCCAGCAGGUACUGUGCCACAGUCCGGGUCCAGAGGCCCAGGCAGGAGAUUAUCGAAGACCUUUCUUACAUGGUGCGAGAACUGCUGAUCCAGUUCUACAAGUCGACCCGCUUCAAGCCCACCAGGAUCAUCUUCUACAGGGACGGAGUGCCUGAGGGGCAGCUGCCACAGAUACUCCACUAUGAGCUUCUGGCCAUCAGGGAUGCGUGCAUCAAGCUGGAGAAGGACUACCAGCCUGGUAUCACCUACAUCGUGGUCCAGAAGCGCCACCACACACGCCUCUUCUGUGCCGACAAGUCUGAGAGAAUCGGGAAGAGUGGUAACAUUCCUGCAGGGACCACAGUGGACACCAGCAUCACUCACCCGUUUGAGUUUGACUUCUACCUUUGCAGUCACGCGGGUAUACAGGGGACUAGUCGGCCCUCACAUUACUAUGUCCUGUGGGACGACAAUCGUUUCACCGCCGACGAGCUGCAAAUCCUCACUUACCAGCUGUGCCAUACCUACGUGCGCUGUACCCGMUCUGUCUCCAUCCCCGCGCCAGCCUACUACGCCCGCCUCGUGGCCUUCCGUGCCCGCUACCAUCUGGUGGACAAGGAGCACGACAGUAGUGGGGAGGGCAGCCAUGUCUCUGGGCAGAGUAACGGUCGGGACCCCCAGGCUCUGGCCAAGGCGGUGCAGAUUCACCACGACACGCUGAGGACCAUGUACUUCGCSUGAGCACCACCCCACACCACCAUCACCACCACUGUCCUUAAGACUCACCAUCCCUCGGUGAGGGGCUUGGGAGCCCACAGGAAGCCUUCCACCUCUCCUCCUCCCUCCAUGGCUGUGACCACCCACACACUCCACAUACCCUCUCUUGACUGACCCACCACAGCCAAACCACCCCAGUACCAGAACUAUACAUCCCUCACCUGAUCAACCCAGGCAGACUCUGCAGCGUCCUGCACAAUGGUUACUAUUAUCAUUAUUGAUAUUAUGUUUGUUUUUAUUUACUUUACCAGGACUGUGUUUUUAUGUUGACUUAAAAAAAAAGGGUAUUAUUGUAUUGUAUGCGACCUUCCACACUCCUAUGUAUGCAAUACGGAGGGGAGGAAAACGGGCGCUGAGCUGCCCCGAGACCUUUGACUGCCACCACAAUGCUGCCUCUUACCUAUCCGCAUGGCGGAUGUCAGUGUUCUGUUCCAAGCCCCUGGUACAACAGGAGUCAUGGGACCCCCGGGCGGGGCGGGGGAAGGGUGACAAAAAAGACACACUUAUUAUGAACUUUUUCUCAUGAACUCCAUUCUUAUGUUGCCGUUCUUUUAUUUUUUAUUUUUUUUAUUUUUUUUUGGCCUUGAUGCGCGCAACGGGACGUAUGGUACAUUAGCACUUAGAGAUUAGCAUGUAGUCAACGCCGCCCACCCUGCACCUAUAUGAAGUGUCUAUGUCUGUGUGAGACUAGCCCUCUGCUCUUAAUUGUGGACAUGGAGCAGAAAUACAAAGGGCAGGUGUAGCAUGUCGUAGAUACAUUAGACUAAGUCCUUCUUCACUGUAUCUGUGCAGGUUGAAUUAGCCAGUAGAGAGAGGGCAAUGUAGAAGUUAGAGGGACCAUUGCAUUGAGUGUAUUGAAUAUACUUGAAUAUACUCACACCCCAUGCAUCUAAACCAGCAUUAUUAUUAUCAACCAGCCUAAUGUGAUGCCUACCAAUGGAAAAGGGGCACCUAUGUAAACAGGAAGA